GCGAAUUAUACGCACUCAACUUUUGGCGCUGUUGUUUGUUUUCAAGUUCUUCAUCUGACAGUACAUUUACAAUAUGGCGGCGUCCAGUUUUACAACUUGUUUAUUAAUCGUCCUAUUAAUUCGGAUAGGCACAGGCGAAGUAAAACCGACACUGCAGUUACGCGAGGGCCCGGACGGCGACGACGACGACGAAGUAAACACGGACCACGACCCCGGCAAACCUCCUCCCAACGAUCUGCUGGAUAAACAGAUCAAAUACAAUUCGUCCAGUGCACAAAGGCCUCGUUAUAAGUGCCACUCGUGUGAUGCGCCUAAUUGUUCGAAUUUGACGGUCUGUAACGAUGCCGUCCAAUGUUGGAAGUCCCAUGUUCGGGAGAGUAAGGGCGAGGAGAGUUUCACCAGAGGUUGUACGACGAGAUCGGAACAGUUGCCGUUAAUAUGUGGCAGCAGGUCAGCAAAUACAAAGAUAAAACGACAUGUUAGUGGCCAGUAUCAGGUUCACUGCUGUGAAGGAGACUUCUGCAAUGGUGGUGAAUUCCCGAAACUUCCUCCCCCUUAUGUUGAACACAAUCCAGAUUCAUUCAUUUAUAUUUUUAAAAUAGUGGGUGCGAUCUUCAUCCCAAUAAUAUUGCUGGGGUCGUUGGGAGCUUUGAUAAUUGCUUUCAUGAGGAGGAGACACAAAAAACGUUUGUAUAAUGAAAGCAGGAGGGAUCCUGAUGCCUACUGUGCCACAGAUGAUCUGCUUAGGGCGACUGCUGCAGGUGAUAGUACUUUGAGGGAGUAUUUAGAACAGUCUAUGACAUCAGGAAGUGGUUCUGGUUUACCCCUGUUGAUUCAAAGGACUAUGGCCAAACAAAUUAGUCUAGUGGAGUGUAUUGGUAAGGGGAGGUAUGGUGAAGUGUGGAGAAGCAUUUGGCAUGGGGAAAAUAUUGCUGUUAAAAUAUUUUUUUCAAGAGAUGAAGCUAGUUGGACCAGAGAGACAGAAAUUUAUAGUACAAUUUUGCUUCGACACGAAAACAUUUUGGGUUACAUCGGAUCGGACAUGACUUCGAGGAACUCCUGCACACAGUUGUGGCUUAUCACACACUACCAUCCUCUGGGCAGCCUUUACGACCACCUGACCCGCACAACAUUAACACACGCCCAGUUGCACAGAAUUUGCCUAUCUCUCGUCAACGGCCUCGUACAUUUACACACCGAAAUCUUUGGAACUCAAGGUAAACCUGCCAUAGCACACAGAGACAUUAAAAGCAAGAACAUAUUGGUCAAGAACAAUGGAACUUGCUGUAUAGCGGACUUCGGUCUGGCCGUGACUCAUUUCCAAUCCACUGACGAGCUGGAUAUCAGCUCGAAUCCCAGAGUGGGUACGAAACGUUACAUGGCUCCAGAAAUACUGGACGAAACUAUCCGCAUGGAUUACUUCGAGUCGUUCCGAAGAGCGGAUGUGUACGCCCUGGGACUGGUGUUGUGGGAGGUGGCACGACGGACGAUAAGCAACGGUAUUGCUGAAGAUUACAAGCCACCUUUCCACGACGUUGUUCCAAGUGAUCCCAGCUUCGAAGACAUGAAGAAGGUGGUGUGUGUCGAUCAACAACGGCCCAAUCUACCCAACCGAUGGGCCAGCGAUCCCGUCCUAAGUGGGAUGGCGAAGUUGAUGCGUGAGUGCUGGCACCAAAACCCUAAUGUCCGAUUACCCGCCCUUAGGAUUAAGAAAACGCUGUUGAAAUUGGCUCAGGCGGACACCACAAUCAACAUCGAGGAUAUUGAGGUGUGCGUGUGAUUUCAAUGAGGUGGGAUAAAUAAAAAACCUAAAUACAGAGAGAGAUAAGAGUGAAAUGCCCAUGAGGCGAGACAGCUAUUUUAUUAUGAAAAUCGAAAUUUGUAAAACGAUUUUAUUAUACAAAGAAAUCACCACUAGAAGAUGGAAACUCGGAUUUAACAUGCAACAAAGAUAUCAGCUUGGCAGGUUAACUGUCUAUUAAAUUUUUUAUGACAAAAAGUACAAGCUGAAGAUUUAUUUUGACAUUACUUUAUGACGGGAAGGCCAUUUUGAAUCUGUUGUUUCUAACGAAUCUCGUUAAAUCAAAAUGUUGAUCAUUUAGGAAAAUAUUUCGUUUUUUAUCACGUGUCUAUGAAAUUACCGCAGGCAAUAGAUAAAUUUAUUAUAUACUAUUUCGUUUAAAUCUAAAUAGUUAAAAGGAUUUCUUCAUGGAUUACUAGUGAUAUUAUUCAAGUGCCAAAUUCAAUUGAUCUGCAUAAAGAAUUUAGGGGCAGUAUUAAGUUUACUUUAAAGUGCCAUUUUUUUAGUGUAACGCGAUUUUUUGUGACUGCACUGAAAUUAUUUUAUUUGUAUUGCAGAACUGAUCAGCAUUUAUUGAGUUUAUUUUUAAGUACAAAUAAUUUUAGUCCUGUAGUACUUGUUGUUUGUUACAAUUGUGAUAAAAAGAAAUUGAAUGUUAUGUUUGAUGAUAGGUAAAAGAUAAAUCACUGGUUCGUUGAUUGGUUAGAUUUUUUUGACAUUUUAAGAAAAAACAUUUGUUGAUGACAAUCUUAACGUAAAAACCAAUCAUGGCAUGUUGACAACAUAACUAAUAUUUAGAUGUGUUAAGUUUAAUAGCAAUAAUUUAUUGGUUAAAAAACUGUGGAGCAGUUUACAUUAAAUUGAUAUUAAAUGAUUUGAGUACAGAAUAACUAUGUUUAUUUGGUAUUUUUUAGCGAAAAAAAUUUUUAAAAUGCAGUACAAUGUUCGUUGAUAUUAUAUUUAUUGUGCACAGUUUCUUAAAAUUGCUUUAAGUUUAUUUAAGUUUGUAUAUAUUCCUACUAAUGAUAAUUUAUUAUAUAUUGACAGUAAUUUUUGAUUUGCCUUAUAUGUAUGUUUACAAGAACUAUGUAUUAAGUUAAUCAAAAUACUUUUAAGACUGUAACAACUCGUUUUCCACUAACAGUUGAUGCAUCAAUAUUAUUAAUUUGUUAUAAAAAUACCUCAUACCAAAUCUGUAUAAAUUAGUAUAACAGGCUUAAACGUUAAUACAGAUUCAGUAUGUGUUGUUACUUAACUGUGUUAAACUUUUAUGUUAAAAUGUUAUGUAUUUAUAUCUAUACAUCAUAUCUGCUUAAAAUUGCUAGAGAUAAAUAAUUUGAAUGUGGAGCUCUAGCACUUUUAAGUUGUUUUUUAAUAAAUUAAGAACAAAUUCAUAUCAAUUUAUUUAUCAAUUAUAUAAAAUAUCCGAAGACACUCAUGAUCAUAAUCAGUAUUUUUUUGUAGUUUGUCACUUGGUUCAUUUGUACAUACUUCAUGUCAUCAGUGUAAUUGACAGAUACUAUGAGCAAUAUAAAAUAGUAUUCAGUCA